ACACCAAGUGAUGUGUUGGCAAAGGUGACGAAAAAGAACAACGACCUUUCGACCACAGUUGAAGAAAAGACCGCCGAGUUAUACAAUUCAGAGGGUCAGAGACUUGCCCACAAUGGUAAACACUUCGCAGAAGUCGGAAAGAAACAGCAGAACAGACAGUUAACUGAGAUACGGUAAGUCGGCUUUUAAUUCCCUCUUGUUACCAAAGUAAACAAUUUGGUUGCUUAGGAAAUUAUAUGUGGACCUGUUGGUGAAAUUCAACGUAAUGUUUUGUUAUUUCUUUGCAGAAGAAAAGCCAAAGAUGCACUCUGGUUCGGAAAAACGUACGGAUUAAUGCCCGAGUCCUUGAGGUUCCGGGAUAAAACCGGACAGAGCCAUGACAUAAAUUUAAGAGAAAUUCCAGCAGGUAACGAAACUUCAAAAAACCAGUAUACUGCAAUAGAGUAAUUCACGAGAGCAAAAGAUGACUCUCCUCUUAUCACUUUCUUGGCGGAUGGUCCUGACAAAGAAAACAUGCCGAUUAGUGGUGCAGUUCCUGAAAUUCAAAACAAAGACCAUUCGAGGCGAGGAGACAGUUCCAAAGGUAGGGAGACCUUUCCAAUAAUAAUUAUUUUCAAACAGGGUGCCUUCUGAGUCACAAAAGUGGUUUCAGAACAGUCCUGCUUUCUGAGUUUAAUAAUAAUGAUAAUAAUAGUAAUGAUACUAAUAAUAAUAACAACAACAACUUGAUAGUUACGCGUCGUUUCAAAAAUGUAAUGUGUUAUCAAAAUUGCUAUUUCCCUUCAGAGAAGAAAAUGCAUGCCUAUGAGAAGUUGCCUGAAGCCGAAAAGGAGAAAAUUAGGGGAAUACUUUUUAUAAUGGACAAGUAUUCCAUUUCAUGGGAGGCUUACCAUGAACUGUCUCAGCAGGACCAGACACUGCCUAGAUCCUACUUAGUACAGGGAUGUCAAGGCACCAUAGACUCUAGUUGGGACAUAAGAAAAGCUUCAGGGGACCAACCAGGAACUGAGUUAGCUCUGGAGGAUCUACUCAAGCAACAACUUGAAGAAUAUGUAAGUGAAACAAGUUAAGUAAUUUAAUUGAGCUUGUGGUUGCACAGUGUGUUAGCUUGUGGGAGCCACAUCAAAUAAACAAUCAGCGAUAAAAUCCAAAGGAAAUCAUUUCACACUUUUAGCACAGCUAAAUUUUUUAUCUGUUACAUUUUUCUUCAGCUGAGGAAGUCCAACCAACCAGAAGACCAAAGCCCAAAAUAAAAGUAAAAUUAUCUGGUGAUGGUGCAAGAAUGUCUCAUUCCAGUAAUUUAUUUGUGUGCUCAUUUUCUAUCCUGGGUGGAGGUCAAAAUGUACUCUCUAGUGCAGGUACAUACAUGCAUUUAUUUAUAAAUAGCAGAGCAUCCUUUUUGAAAAUUGAGAUUCCUAAUGGAUAAAAGUACAGUGUACUUAAGCUAAUAGUUUUUUUCUAUACAACUCAUGCCUAGUUGCCAAUGUUGUUCAAUUCUAAUGAAAAUGUUGAAAAAUACUUAGUAUGAAGUCAAACCUUUUAACCAACUUGGCUUACACUUAUUGUGUUUUUACAGGCAACCACACUAUUACUGUUAUAAAAACCUCUGAAGGCUACAAAAACCUAAGAAGUGGUCUGGCAAAUGUGACAUCAACUGUCAAUAAACUUAUCGAGGAUGGAUUUAUUGUAAUUAAUGGAAAGAGAGUAAAACUGCAGUUCUUCUUAGGGGGUGAUUACAAAGUAAGUACAAUGUAUAUGACUUGAUAAUAACAUAAAAAACUGAAACACAGGACUGUGUACUGUGUACUGAAUGACAUUGAGCUUGAAAGUUUAUUAAUUGUAUUAUUAUUAUCACUCCAACAGUUUCUGCUUCUUUCAAUGGGAAUGAAGGGGGCCAUUUCCAACAAUUCAUGCAUCUGGUGCUUGAUCCAUAAAAAAGACAGGUACUAUUCAAAAUGAUCUUAUCUCUUGAUAAUUAACUGAUGGCUUAGCCUUAUUUUUUAAUAGUUGAGGUUUCAACUUGUGUUGUAAAAUUCUGAUCUUCCCUAAUUAUCUAACAAAGUUUUAAGUUUCUGUCUUUUGUUGGUCUUCAACUUUAGAUGCAACAUGGAUGUUCCAUUCUCUUAUUACCAGUCAUCAAACAUGAAAAGAGCACUGGGUCCAGACUGGUACAAACAACCUGGAUGCCAGCACCAGCCGUUAUUUAAGAUACCCCUUGACAACAUCAUCAUCGAUGAGCUUCACCUUAUGCUGCGUGUAAUGGAUCGACUGGAAACAGGCCUUAUCCUGGAAGUUUUAGAUUGGGAUGAGGUAGAAUCAUUUAUUUAUUCUCUUAACAAAUUUUGCUUAAGAGCCCAAGUUAUCAACAGACUAGAAAGGUUUGAAUAGGUUAUAAUUUAAUUGCCCUACCAUAAUUAAGAGACAUAUGAACUCACAGUUAGUAACACCACAGCACAUGCAUUAACAGUCUAAAAAGGUUGUGAACGACUAACCUGCAGCUAUGUAAAGAGAAACAAAGAUUUCUGGUGUGAAGGAGGUAAACAGGAAUCAGCAAAGAAAGUGCCUCGAAUUUCAGCUGUGGAGCAACCAAGAGAAGAUGUCCUGAUAUCCGCUGAUACCACCGAAGAACCUCAGAAGAAGGCUAUUAACCAGUCGAUGGAUGAGUUAAGGAAGCUGAAAAUCAGUGACCUCGUUCAACUCCUUAAUGACCUCACAGGACACCAACCUAAUCUUCCAAAAAAACCAAGGAAACCUGAUCUUAUUUCUAAGAUAACUGAGAUAGCCGAUCGAAGGUCAAACUAA